GAUUGUUGUUUUUACAAAAAUAAGGACAUUUCUUGCCUUAGAUAAGCAGAUAGCCAAUGCUUACUGAAUAUUGUAUACACUAUGGCUGAAGUUAUUGGGUUGAAUGAUGAUGAGCUACAUGCUGAGCUUCUUCUUCAUGGAAUAACGACUCCAGUUACUGCCACCACACGGAGUAUCCUCAGAAAGAAACUCUCCAUUGCUCGGAAGGGCAAAAGUUCAAAGAAAUAUGUGCCAGCUACUAAAACCACAUCUAGACGCAGCCUGCAAGCUUUCAGCUCUGAUGAGGACGAAGAUGACCAAGAAGAAGAACAGCAGGAUGAAGAAGAAGAUGAAGAUGAUGAGAACAUAUUAGAUAGAAGCUAUAGCAGCACGGGCACCAACAGGUCUAGCCUCUUCAAAUACAACACACAUGUUGUGACCCGCAAUAAAGGCACACCAACCUCUUCCUGGUCCUCUCCUGCCACCAAAUCCUCCACUCCAACAUAUUUGAAGACAAAACCCAGCAAUGCUUCUCAGUCUGGUAUGCGGUCUUCAUCUCGGCAAAAGCCUAAACCUGCAUUUGAUUAUGACACGGCAUCUGACAACGAUGAUGCCAUCACCAGUCAAAUAUCUGGCAACAGCAGCAGUGCAAGGCAGCGCUUUAAUGACAGAUUCAUGACCCCUGAUCUUGGUGAUGUGAGGAAAGUCCCAAAAUACCAGUAUCAUGAGUACAAUGACAGCAGACAUGGGAGUUAUGAUGAUCCCAGUGAAUAUUAUAAAGACCAGGACACUAAUGGGGAUACAAGCUCCUAUGCACCAGAAGAACAAGGUUCCAAAUCUAAGUUUCAUGGAUUCAACUCAUGGCUCGCAAAUUUAUUUGGAAACAAAAACAAAAAUGCUGUAUCUAAACCUUCAUCUAAUGGAUUUUCUUGGAAACUCCCAAAAGUUUUGAACAAAAGUUACCCUUCAUCUCCAAAUUCUUCAUAUUUCCCUGCUUCAUCGCCUCCACCUUCUCCUUCAUUCUUCCCUAACUAUUGCGAGACUCGAGACAGCAGCUCCAGUAGCUGGUGCCCUAGCGUGUCUAACAUGCUACUGCUGCUGCUCACGCUCUUCUUCAGCUUGCUGGCGCUCAGCUACUUCAGCAUGAUACCUCCAGACGGACUCCUCAAUCCUGAUCUGCAGCAUCUCGAGCUGGAAUCUACUGGGAGCUCUGCAUGGGAUGAGUUUGCUGGCAAGCAGUUUGAAGAAAAUGGUCUGAAAUUGCCAAUUUGCCCUGCGAAGGGCGCCCCGGGUGAGGUGGGCAAGGUGUGCCUGAGUGCAGCGGAGGUGAGGGUCGCGCCACAGGUGCUGGGGUCUGGUCGACAGGUCGUGGUCGAGGCAGAGCGUCGUCAUGCGCAGUACCAGUGUGGGGCGGCCGAGGCUGGCUACCUCACAGUCAAGGAGACCAGUGACUUGAUCGCCGAGAAAUUCCCUCUAAAGGAUGACGAGCUCCUGUUGGGGGUGUCAGCGCUGGCCAAGCUGUCGUGCCUGAACCCCUCGCUUGGUCUCAGCCCUGUGCUCACUAGCGGCUGGAGUGCUGAUCCUGAAGGACGAGGCUGGCCGGACGAGGCGCUGCAGGGUCUCAGCACCAGCAGGCCGCAGCUGCAACUCCUGUGCGCCCUCAUGAACCUCGCCACCCUCGCCCUCGCUGCCCUCGCUCUCGUCGCUCUUGGGGCAGCUGUGUUCUGGGCGGUGCUGUGGGUGAUACGAGGAUAUCAACGAAGACAACAACAACAUCAACAGCAGGUGUACGCGGUGGUGCGCAAGAUCCUACAGAAGGUGCGGGGGGCGCGGGACGGUCUGGCCGCCGUCAGCCACGUCAGGGACGAGCUCCUCUCCCCCGAGCAGCGGCUCUCCUGUGCCCGCGUCUGGCGCGACGCCGUCGCCUUCGUCGAGCGCCAUGAGAGCAGGCUUGUUCGUGAAAUGCGAUUGGUCGGCGGGGAGGAGUGUGAAGUGUGGCGCUGGAUUGGUGGAAAUUCCAGCCAAUGCGAGGCUGCGGAGGACAUUGAUGACGUCACGCGUGGUGACAACCAAUCACAGGCCACGCCGGGUCCUGCAGUGUUGCCAGAUGUGCGACGAACUCCCGGGCCUGCAGUGUUGCCAGAUGUGCGACGAACUCCCUCCAUGUACCCCGAUCUACCUGUCGACGAUGAUAAUGAUGCUGACCCAUCGGGGCAGUGGUGGAGGGGCGUGGGGGAGAGGGAGGCCGCUGUCACCGCCCCCACGCAGUGCCUUAAGAUCCGCAACCUUGCCAGACCUGACAAGUCUGCCACGUGGGUGCGUGAGGUGGUCUUGCAGAAAUGCAGGGGUCUUCCUGUGCUGCACUUGGCCGUAGACCAGCACGGCUCUGAGGGGCUGGUCUACCUCAUGGCCAAGACCGUCAAGACGGCUGGCCAGAUCCACUCGCUGCUGCACGGGAUCUGGUUUGAAGGGCAAUUGGUGAGCGUCAAGUUCCUGAGGAGGGAGAGAUACUGCGAGCGCUUCCCUGCCGCCGUCCACUGCACCGUGCCUCUGUCCCCUGCUUCUCACUGAGGACAGCACCGUACCUCUGUCCCCUGCUUCUCACUGAGAACAGCACCGGGCCUCUGUCCC